CUGCUGCCAGCGUGUGGACAACAGUCAGACACUAUUAGCUAGCUAAGAUAGAAAACACGCGUUGUGAUACUUUUUUUGUAAGUAGCUAAGGUCGCACUGGGUUGUGGGUUAGUUUGAGAGAAAAUACUCAAUUUCCCACAAUUCCCCGCACUUACAGCCCCCCCACAGACCUCCGCGGCGCCGAGCAGUGAAAGACGCCAAAACGGCUGAAACAACUGGCUGAUGUAUUAGAUAGAGAGCUAACCUAGCGUUAGCGGGCUGUUUGUCUGAAGUCCGCGACUGAUUAAUAUCUUCUUCAGCGCUGCCAUGACCUGAGUUUUGGCUGUUGGCUUUUCCUGCGGAGGACGAGAGCGAGGUGAGGACACAGUGGAGGGUCAAAAUGCGGCUCUGUCCCAGUGUCAUGCACCUGUUUGCGAGGUGGCUGCGGAGCUGCUCCAGGCGCAGUCGCAACCGCAUGCCUCAGAGACUGAGGGAGCCCCUGAGUUACGUUCAACUUCUGAUCAGUUCCCUGUACUUCAACUCCCUCACCAACUCUGAUGUGGUGGUAGAUUCUCUUUUUGAGCCAGUCUUCUGGAUGGUGGAUAUUCUUACCCGCUGGUUCGGGAAGGUAUUUGUAUUUCUAGUGGUAGCUCUCACCAGCUCCAUCCUCUUUAUUGCAUACGUCUGCCUCCUCCCCAUGGUCCUUAACACAUACACUCCUUUCUGGAUAGUGUGGCAUGUCUGCUAUGGGCACUGGAACUUGAUCAUGAUAGCUUUCCAUUACUACAAAGCUACAAGCACAUCUCCUGGAUAUCCUCCUAAGAUGAAAAAUGACAUUCCAUUUGUGUCUGUCUGUAAAAAGUGUGUAAUUCCCAAACCACCAAGAACUCAUCACUGUGGGAUUUGCAACACGUGUAUACUGAAAAUGGACCAUCACUGUCCUUGGCUCAACAACUGCGUUGGUCAUUUCAAUCACCGCUAUUUCUUUUCCUUUUGUCUCUACAUGACUCUCGGCUGCCUGUACUGCAGCGUCAGUGGCCGAACCCUCUUUAUAGAUGCAUAUAAUGCCAUAGAUCACUUCAAACACAUGGAUGUGGAAAAGCAAGGGGUUCCAGUGACAGGUGUAGGCCUGCUCAUAGGAAUCGUGCCACAAGAGCCCAUGACUGUGAAGAGUUAUCAUACAUCAUCAACACCGUACACCUUUAAGGACCGAAUGUUUCAUAAAAGUGUUAUUUACAUGUGGGUCCUUACAAGCACAGUAGCAGUUGCUUUAGGAGGCCUGACUGUUUGGCAUGCUAUCCUGAUCUCCCGUGGAGAAACAAGUAUUGAAAGACAUAUCAACAGUAAAGAAGCCAAAUACAUGACAAAACGAGGAAAGAUCUACAAGAAUCCAUACAACUAUGGGAAACUAAAUAACUGGAAAGUGUUCUUCGGUGUAGAGAAAAAGAGUCAUUGGCUGACAAGGGUUCUGCUACCAUCUGGACAUGUCCCUUAUGGAGACGGACUGGCAUGGGACAUCUAUCCUCUUAAAAAGGACAUGAUGCCAGUAUGAGUGCUUCGGCAACUGCAGGAACAACGUUGGUAGUGGGCAGUUCUGUCCAGUGGUCACUCAACACUGCUGGCAGCAGGUGGUCCGAAGCGCUGCACAUUUGGAGUCUUAUCAAAUCCAAAACCGCAGUAACAAUGAGAUGGGAUAAUUGCGUCAUAAGGAGGAAAUCUUGACUGGUCUCUUUGUACAACUGCUCAUUUGUUUUCUAUAUUUGCUUAAGGGCAGUUUUACAUAAUGACUGUGCUCAUACCUGUCAAGGCAGUGGUAAAACGGAUGUGAUGCCUGGAGGUACUGGGGCAUAUUGCCUUCUGAGGAUUGCUGGAAAUGCGGAGCUGUGCUCCUUCAAGCUUUAACAGUGUGUUUAACUGUUUUAAUGAAAAUCUGUCAUAUUUUAUAUUUAUUGAUCUACUGCUUACCAUGUGUAUAUGCACCCUGCCCAAGGUAUGCAGACCACCAGAAGGAAAUGUGUGUGGAUGUUGUAAAGAAUGAAUUUUACAAGGUUUCCAAAAACUUUAAAAUACAUACAAACACAUAUCGUCUUGUAUUCACCAAACAUCAUAUUUAUUUUGAUCAAUUAUACCUUUCAGUUGUAUAUCACUUAAUUGUGAAUUUGUAUAAUUAAGUUAUUAUUUUUCUAAAUGCUCAGUCACUCUGUCACAACAUGUUCUGUGGUUGGUGUUCCCAACAUCAUGAUUUUUUCACCCUUGUGUUCAUUUUAGCAGCUGUCCGACCAAUAAAGUUGUAUGUUUUA